AUGGGCGUUUCAAAUCCUUUUUUUUGGAGACACUGUCUGUUUACCUCUUUCCUCAAAUUGCGAAGACAACGAGUAAGGCAAAUAGAAUGCAAAAACCCAAUACCAGAAGAGCUGCUACAAUACAAAUUGCCAGGCGACUAUAUACCUGGUACGGAUCAAAUUAGCAAAUUCGUGGCUAAGAAUCAGUUUACUAUCGACCUGAUCACCACCUCGCUUCUGAGCGUUCCUGCAGGCACCUACACGACCGGUGACAGCAUGUUUAUCGAUGGUACAGAGUGUGACACUUUCUAUUUGCCUCGUUCAACAGAACUUGUCAACUUAUCUUUUUUGUUUGUAGGGAGUUUUGUGCUAAAGAGGGUUGUGGAAAUACAGCACACGAUGACACAUGUGUUUAUGUGCCGAGCCGUCCAGUACUGCCUGAAUGUGUACAGGCGUUUCCACAUCUUCCCAAUCCUACUCAUCGUCUGUACCUCAAAAACGGAAUCCAAAGCCCUCGGGGAACUCUUCAAACCUAUCCAAAACAAGUCUUACCUCCUGGAAACACCUUGCUGCCACUUUGCAACUAAUUGCUUCAUGCUGACCAAACAGAGUAUCAAUCCUUUCAUCGACAAUCUUGAUAUAAAUGCAUUGGACCCUUUGGUUGCCUUUGCCCAUUUUUUGACGUCUGGUCAGCAAAGCAUCAUCAGCAUUGACCGAUGGGACGACCCAACUGUCACAAAAUUGUACUUGGUCGCUAUGGAAAUGGUCAAAAAGGACAGGGAGGCAGAGAAUGACAAAGUGGAAGCCUUACAAACGAUUUGUCAAGCAACACAAAUUCAAUUUGAGAAAAUAUUAUCGACCAUUUUCGACAACCCCAAGCAAGCGCAAAGAUACGCAGAUGCAGGGCGACAUUAUAGCGCGAGUCUCAAAAGGAAGUACGAUGCAAUGAAACAGGGAUCAAGCAACACACCGCCAGAAGCAACAACACCAAUGGAGCUUUCUAAAGUCUUUGAUGGUGCUUCUUGUUCUACAAAUUUCAAAAAUGAAAAGUUGGUUGUAUUUGUCAAUACUUGGAAACAAAAUAACAAUGGUCGAAUGAAUUGGUCUGCCUGUUGGGAAGAAGGAAAGAAGAAGGGCCUGUUCACAGAGUACUCGAAUAGCCAUAGUUUGAAGAAUAUAUACCACAAAAUGAAAAACGAUUCCUAA